CUAUAAUCCAUUCCUUUCCAUUCCACAGCGGAAGGAAGCUCCGGAGUCACAACCUCCUCUCCCCCGUCCCCUCCUCUCCACCUCGCUCACAGUUCAAUUCAAAUCUCUCUCUCUCUCUCUAGCGAGAGGAAAGCGAGGACUCGAGGUGAGCCAUGGCGGAGCUGCCGCUGGCGGCGGGGCUCCUGGACCUGCGCCCCGGCAAGCUGUCACCGAAGCCCCCACCGCCGCCGCCACUGCCACUCCCCGCGCGCCGCCGCGCGCACGCCACCUCCGCCGCCGCGGCGGCCCCGUCCCCGCGCCGAGCGGUUCCCGAACUCCACUCCACCACCGAGCUGGCGGACGGGAGCAUCGUCUUCCGCUUCGGCCAACCAAAGCCCGACGUGCUGGAGCCGGAGGCGGAGGCGGAGCCGGCGAGCCGUGGUCCGGGAGAGGCCGCAGAGACCAGCCCCGACUCCAGAGUCUUCCCUGACUCGGACGCUGUGAGCAGCGGCGGCGAGACCGAACCGGAGCCUGACUCUGAGCAGGCGGUCACCGGCGCGGGAUUGGGCGCCCCGGCUGCGGUCGAGCAUCCGCGCCCGAACGCUGCAGCGGAGGUUUCACCGGCACCUCCGCCUCCUGACGCAGGCGCGCAAACCGGUGCCGCCUCCGCCGCGGGUGAGGAGGCGCCGGAACAGGUGGCGGGUUCCAAUGCUGGCGUUGAGGAGGCAGAGGCCAGACUGGCCUCCGCGGAGGUGAUUACCGCGGCCGAAUCUGAGUAUGAGACCGAGGGCGACGGCGUCGCAGUUGGGGCAGGCGUUCCGACGAGUGGUGCUGUCGUGAAGACGACAGGGACGGGUUUGGAGCAGCGCGAGGAGGCGGCGGGGACGGCCGGUUUGGAGGAAUCCGAGGCCGCGUCAGAAGGCUCCACCGUGCAGGAUUUUGACACCGACGUUGAGACGGAGUCCAGCGGCUCCAGCGGCGACGAGCAGGGAGCGGAGUUCGGGGUCCCCCUACCAAUAGUGGAACGAAAUAGCAAGGAGGUGGAUUGGAAAAAAGACACUUCAGAGGUGAAGGAUUCUGAUAGGAUGGUUGAAAUAGCCCAAUCAGAACUUGUGUUGUUGUCAGGUGCUGCAAUCCUGCCUCAUCCUUCUAAGGUAGCUACAGGCGGAGAAGAUGCAUAUUUUAUUGCAGGCAAUGGCUGGUUUGGUGUAGCGGAUGGAGUUGGCCAGUGGUCAUUUGAAGGAAUCAAUGCAGGGCUUUAUGCAAGAGAACUAAUGGAUGGUUGUAAAAAAUUCAUAACUGAGAAUCAAGGGGCCUUAGAUCUUGGACCGGAGCAAAUCCUUUCCAAGGCAGCAGAUGAAGCACAUUCUCCUGGUUCUUCCACUGUAUUAGUUGCUCACUUUGAUGGCCAGGUCCUUCAAGCAUCAAAUAUAGGAGACUCUGGGUUUUUGGUAAUAAGAAAUGGAGAAGUUUAUGAGAAAUCAAAACCUAUGGUUUAUGGUUUCAAUUUCCCACUACAAAUUGAGAAGGGAGAUGACCCCUUGAAACUCGUACAGAAUUAUACUAUUGAUCUAGAGGAAGGAGAUGCGAUUGUGACAGCAACAGAUGGCCUUUUCGAUAAUGUCUAUGAGCAUGAAGUAGCUGCAAUAAUCUCUAAAUCGUUACAGGCGGAUCUAAAACCAGCGGAGAUCGCGGAGCACUUGGCUGCGAAGGCCCAGGAAGUGGGUAGGUCGGGAGCAGGGAGAAGCCCAUUUUCAGAUGCUGCUCUCUCAGUCGGGUACCUUGGCUUCAGUGGGGGCAAGCUGGAUGACAUAGCUGUGGUUGUAUCAAUUGUCCGGACUUCUGAAAUUCAAGUUAUACAAGACUGACUGAUGCAGAGAACCAAAGCUCUCAGUUAUGUUGAAGCUGUACUGCAAGCGAGCCACCCUUCAGCAAACUACUCCUCUGUCCCAAAUUGUAGGUCGUUUUGGCAUUUCUAUGUGCAUUUUUGUUAUGCACUUACAAUUUGGAACGGAGGGAGUAGAAGUUAAGCUGUGCGUGGUGGUUUCCCAAAAGGUGAACAAGAUCAAGAUGUAAACAUGAGCAACAUACAUCAUGCUUGAUCAGCAAUAGCCAACGGUCAACAGAGCAAAGCUCCCCCUGUUGCCCUUACAUUGUUAUGCUAUCGGAAUAGCACCAUUUAGAUGUAGCCUGGUGCUCCUCGUUGAGCUGUAAUCCAAUGUCAUCUGUGGAUAGGAACUGGACAUUCGUGAACAGUGGUUGAAACUUGCGAAGUCAAGUAAAACUUAUAUACUUUCGUAGCACUGGCAAUCAUAUGAGAGUUUUGCCGAUGGACA